UGACGCUGUGCGUACACACACACACAUAUAUAUACAGCCAGUUAGAGGCACAGCCAGGAGUUCAGGGUUGGGUCUCGCCGCAGAAUUCCCGACAAGAAACCGAGCAGCAAACUGCUGGCAGCCUCUGUGCGAGGAGACCCUGCGGUGAAGCCCUCGGGUCCAGUCAGCCUGCCUCGCAAGCCGGUGUGUUCCUGCGCCUGGGGCGAAGGAGCCGGGAUGGCUGAGGAGCAGGUGAACAUCGUGUUUGAGGGGCUGUUAUUGCCCACGCAUGUUCACUCGGAGGAAAGCCUGAGGUACGCCCGGGAAAGGUUCCACGUUCGGGACGAUGAUGUUUUCAUUGUCACUUACCCCAAAUCAGGUACCACUUGGAUGCAAGAAAUAUUGCCAUUAAUUUACAGCAAUGGUGAUCUGACACCAGUGCAAACUAUCCCAAACUGGCAACGUGUACCAUGGUUGGAGCAAAAGACGGGUAAAUCAUUGUUGGAAGACAGACCAUCACCCCGGCUUAUUACAACACAUCUAACUUACCAUCUGAUGCCUAAGUCCUUCAAUACAUCAAAAGCAAAAGUUGUCUAUGUGACCCGAAAUCCAAAGGAUGCACUUGUCUCUUCCUUUCACUAUCACAAUUUGGCCACGUUCUUGGACAACCCAGGGACCUUUGAGGAGUUCAUUCAGAAAUUCCUGGCAGGAAAUGUAAUGUUUGGUUCCUGGUUUGACCACAUUAAGAGUUGGUGGCCGAGAAAGGAUCAGGAUAACAUUUUGUUUAUAACUUAUGAAGACCUGUUGCAGGAUAUGCGAAGUGUUUUGUUGAAACUUGGGGAAUUUCUGGGAAAGCAACUCAGUGAUGAUGCAAUUGAGACAAUUGUGGCCCAAACCAAAUUCAGCAACAUGAGGCAAAACAAAAUGUCCAACUAUAGCUUCGUACCCAAGGAACUGAUGGAUCAAGAAAAAACCAACUUUUUGCGAAAAGGCAUCUCUGGAGAUUGGAAGAACCAUUUCACCACAGCACAGACUGAACAUUUUAAUUCUGUGUACAGCCAAGAAAUGAAAGGAGUUGAUUUCCCAUUUUACAAGGACUGAAGAUAUAAGAAUUGAAGUUUAGAAUUGUAAGCUUUCUAAAAUUUCAAUGUCAAUACUUCUAAAUCAUAAUCCUGUUUGAGAAGUGUAUUUUCUAAUACUGCCUAAUAUUAGUGUUAGUCGAACCUUCCUGUGCUGAUGAGAUGUGCCAGUUAGACCUUGCAGAGGGUGAACUAAACUGGUCGUAUACCUUUUGAAUGUUCAAAUGCAUGUAACACUAUUUUAUUGCAUUUAAUAAUCAUAUCAGUGGAGCUAACUAAAAUUUAAUCUCAAAUUAAAAUUAAGAUAAUCUCGUAAUCAUUAACACAACUUCUCAAUUUUCUAAUCCAUUUUUGAUUCAUUUCAGCACCCAAAUGUUACUAUUUUAUUUACAAAUGAUGCCUCUAUAACUGCAAACAAGGAAAAUAAAACAACACAACUUCUGAAUUACCAGCAGAUAAAGGUCCCGCGUUAAAUGCCCAUUGUCUAUGGUUUGCAGUUAAACUAAUUACAAGCAUCUGAACAAUGUGAAGGCAUUUGCUAGAAUUAAAUAUUUAAAAAGUGUGGUUAUUGAGUAUUCCAUUGAUUUAAUGACUGUGUGUGUGGCAUAGUGGAUUGAAUGCUGCGCUGUACCUUGUGUCAGGUCAGUGCACACAUACAGCAUCUGGCAGGACCCUCUGGGUCUGAGCCACGUAGCCACUCAUUUUUGCGAUUUUGCAUAUUUCCAUGUUAUAUCUAUUUUGAUUUUGAUUUUAAGAGAACAUGUAGACGUAAAAAUAAUAAUAAUAGAACUUUUAAAAGACACUCAGUAUAAGUCAAUCAAUUAAUUAAACAAUUAUGCAAUCGAUAGUAAUCAGUAGUGAUAUCACUAACUGUGGUCAGUUUUAUCUCAAAGACAUUUGCUUUAUUUCCAUGCUAGCCAAAACUGGCCAUGUUUGCAGCUGUUUUUUUUAAUUCUUUCUGAAACACAUCUUUCUUCCUUCUUGCAAAACUUGCUAAAAUGAAGUUAAUUUCUAUUGCAUUACCCUUAAGUUACGAGCUAUGGUGAUCAAUAAUCUUGCACGAGUGUUCAACUUUAGUGUGGAGCCGGGAGAUGUGUUAAAGUAUAACAUGAUUGAUGGCAGGUGGGACACGGUAAUAAAGGGAUGAAUGGGAAACCAACAUGCCAUGAUGUUUGGGAGAAGAAUUUGAUGAGGACUUAUGGUUGAGAGCCUGGGUGGAGUCCUCUGAAGGAAUGGAGCCAAAUACUGAUAUUCAAGGGGAAACAGUAUUCAGUGUUGUGGCUGGAGUGAACUAGUCAACCACUUAAAAUACUGAGGAACAGAUGUUGACAGAGGAACUGACCAGAGAGUCCAGACCAUGCAAGUUCAUUUGGAAGCUUAGUGAUGUAUGUACUAUAGGAACCGGUACCAUUCUGGGGUUUCCCCCUGUGCUAUAAUAAAGUUAUCGUUCUUUGUUUAAAA